CUGGAGAAAGCAGGACGGAAAACUGCGAGCGAACGGAUUAGGUGAUAUUUUUUUCGACACCAUCAUCCAACAUUAGUGAAACAAACUUUUAUAAUUCGCGUGAUUUUUAAUCGUAAAAAUAAAGGUGAAAAAUUCUAUCUACCCGCAAUUUCGGUACAAAAUAAUACGCGUAAAGUUAUCGUCUUCGAAGAGAACAUAUUUUUUCAGCCAGAAUCGUAACCAGUGUUAUAUAAUUUGACUUGCUUUUGAAUUCGCAAAAAGCGAAAAAGGUCAGCAUAAAAGCCUACAGAGGAGUCCGGUGGAGCAACGAGUGUUGGAAGAUUCAGGAGAUCCGCCAGACGCAAGUUCGAAGUUUCGCAGCCACUGAAGCGGCAACAUAACGCUGCUGGAUGGGAAUUUGCGGUCCGAAAGCAGCUUCCGACAAGGUACACAUUUCCCUCAGCAGCAAAAGCGACGAAGUUUAGCCCAGGAUUUGAAACGCUUUGUUCCGGAUAAUAAGACAUAUUCGAGACGGCUAACUUAACGAGGAAGCUUUUCUAACAAACACAUCCACACUUCACACUACAAUCAUGGACAACGACGGACUGUCGAAUGAGCAAACGGAGAAGGUGCUGCAGUUCCAGGAUAUCACCGGGCUAGAUGACAUCAACGUGUGCCGAGACAUCCUGAUUCGCCAUCAGUGGGACCUGGAGGUGGCAUUUCAGGAGCAUUUGAAUAUCCGAGAAGGGCGACCGUCCGCCUACGCUACCGAAUCCCGGGCACCACAGGUCGUCAACGAUCGUUUUCUGCAGCACGUGUUUCCAGCCCAGCGAGGACCUGGCGUCCCAGUGCCGUCCGGAGUUGGAGGCAUGAUCGGCUUCGUGGUCAACUAUGUGUUCAACUUUUGCUACAGCACGCUUUCGUCGGUAGUGACCGCAUUUCUCAGUUUAUUCAAGGAUCGAGAACGAAUUGUAACCGAUCCUCUAGGCGAUGUUUUGAAUUUCAUUCAAAACUAUACUGAAAAAUUUCCGGAACAUCCGGUGUUUUAUCAGGGCACCUACGCUCAAGCAUUGAAUGAUGCUAAGCGCGAGCUCAAAUUCCUACUAGUCUAUGUGCAUUCCGAAUCGAAGGCGGAGACUACCAGUUUCUGCAGGGAUACCCUUUCCAAUCCACAGGUGGUUGAAUACAUAAAUCGACGGAUGCUUUUCUGGGCAUGCGACGAAUCUUCACCAGAAGGGUAUCGCGUUUCACACUCAAUCAGUGCUAGGACAUAUCCAGUACUGGUCCUAAUUGCUCUUAGAGCGAACAAAAUGGUUAUAAUGGGUCGCAUGGAGGGCUACUGCAGUGCAGACGAAUUGAUACGACGGAUGGAAACCGUCGUCAACGACAAUGAAGUUUGGCUCAACCAAGCCCGCCAGGAGCGGUUGGAACGAGAUCUCACACAGACCCUGCGGCAGCAGCAGGAUGAAGCAUACCAAAUGUCUCUCCGGGCUGAUCAGGAGAAACAACGUCGGAAGCAGGAAGAACGCGAUGAAGCACUACGCGCCCUGCAAGCGAUCGAAGCGGAAGAACUAGCCGAGCAGCAAAGAUUGGAAAACAUCGAAAGGCUCAAACUGGAGCUGGCUUCGCAAGUGCCUUCCGAGCCGGAAACUGGCGCACCCGGUGUAAUUAGUAUAGUCUUCAAACUGCCCACUGGCCAACGAUUAGAGCGGAGAUUCCAUUCGUCCAAUACCCUCAAGGACGUUCACAAUUUUAUCUUCUGCCAUCCUGAUGCGCCGGAUUCGUUCGAGGUCACCACAAACUUCCCGAAGCGGGUGCUACAGUGUGAGCCCAGGGAGGGCGGAAUGGGCUUGCCGUCGCCGACGCUUGUCGAUGCCGGGUUAAAGAAUCGGGAAGUGUUGUUCGUGGCAGAUCUGGACGCAUAAAACAGCCCCAAAUCAGGCAGCCAAUCGAGAGCAUAGAAUAGUCCUAAGCAAAGCGAACGAUGUUGUUAAGAUUACGAAAAGAUUUGAUUCAUGAGACUGCGUGGUAACGAUUGUAUGAAAUCAAGAAAUGCUGAUAAUGGAAUGUAAGCUGGAAAUGAUUAUGCAAACUGUAUCAUUUGUAACUGCACAUUCGCAUUGGAUGUGUCUUCUCUCUGUUCUUUUCUAUUAGGGGUUAAAAUUAACAAAAAGGAUAAUCAUUUUCAAAUUUUUCACACUAAAACCAUUGGGCACUAAAUAUGAAAUUUCGUAUUUUAAAGACACAAAACAUGAUUUUUAUUGUUAUAAGUUGAGAUCGUUACAGUGGACGGCAUAAGCAUAAGUCCAAAAAACAAUUAUGAAAAAUCGAAACAUCAUGAAAAGCAAAUUGAAGAUAUGUACCUCCAUUUUCAAAUUAAACAGAGUAAGUUGUGUAUUAGGGGAAGUGGGUAAAUCAAUUCCAGUUUGUCGGUUAUAGUCGAAAUACGGCUAUCUGCUAAGAUUCAAAUAAAAUGUUGGAAUCGAAAUAUAGUUGUACACAUUAUCUUUUAUAUCCGUAUAAGGAUUGCUUCCCACAAAUCAGUUCAAUGCAAUACGAUUUAGUAGAAUGCAAUGGAUGGUAUGUUAACAACUGUAUUCAUAUAACGUGGAAUUACAAAAAUAUAAUAGUUUUUGUUUUAUCUCUUAGUCAGAUCAGUCAAACGAUUUAUUAUUGAGUUUAAGCUUGACCGACCGCCCGUAGGUGCUACUCCAUUAUGGCCAAAUCAGCUGUUCUUGAAGUAAAAAUGAAGUAGGGAGUGAUUGUUAGUAAUGGAUCUCCCUUGAAAAAAACCCAAAUUAAACGCUGGAAUCGACUAUUUCCUGCGAACUUCCUUCGGAUCAUCUCUUCUUCUCUUCUCUUCUUCUCUUAUUUAUAUAUAUAAAAUAAAGUUGGCGUUUGUACGACCGCGCAUCGCUCAAGAAUAGACAGCCCAAUUUUUGCUAAUUUAUAUUCGUUUUCUUCCUCUUUUUAAGAGGAAAAAUGUUAUGAUGAAAUUUAAAUGCUUUGAAAAUCGAAAACAAUCCUUUUCGAUGAAAUGAUUUUUCGUACAAUUUGCAUGGAAUUUCAAAAUUUUGAUCAUCUAUGCCGUGAAUCGCAAGUCAGUCCCAUCUGCAUUUUAAUCAAUUUUGAGUAAGAACCGGGAUUCACUUCAUUUUUGUAUAUAGAUUUAGCUAUGCUAGUCAUAACGGGAAGUUUGUUCUAGAAAAUUAAAAAUCCAUUCCAAGUCAAAUUGCCCCAUAACGAAAAGUAACCGCAAGUCAAUCCCAUUAGUGCAAUAAGCCAUUAUAACUUGUUUGUUUAGUUAUAUUUCUUCAGAAAUGACAAUGGUUAAUAAUAUAGAGGUUAAAAAAUGAUUUUUGAUAGCAUUGCUGAAGCAUUUCUGUAGGUUUACUGUUCUGGCAAAUUCGUCCAGUAUGAUUUACUAUCGUUAUUGACGAGUGGUAAAAUAACUUUCAGCAAAGAAGCUUUCCUCUCCCUUUAAGGGCAGUCUGUCGUUUUAGCGUGUCUUGCAGAAGGAAUUCAUCACUUUGAAUCUGUUUCAUUUGUUUUUGUAAAUAGAUUGCGAUACAUUGGCUCACUUCCGUCGAGAGCAUUGCCGUAAAAAAGCUUGAAACGUUCCUUCUUAAAAAUCAUGUGUUUAAUUUUGUCAAUGUACGGUCGAAGUUUGUACUGAUUGAUCACGUACUGGGUGGUGUUCAUGGUUGUGUUGAAAAAAUCGUCGAAAACGAUGUUUAGGAGUUCCAUGUUUUUUCGCUCUUUCAACUAUUUCUGAAAAUGCCGAGAAUGUGAUUUACUUUUGCGUAUUUUCUUCUCAAUUGCGGCAUGCCCACUAUCUGCUGCCAUUAACGUGUGGCCGGUUUUAAAAUACGUGAGUGAUAUUUUAUAAACGUUCAAAAUGUCAGGAUUGAUUAAAAGUAUCAUGUGUUGGAACAUAACUAUUAUUUUGCGCAUGGCAGUUAUCUAGCCAAAACGUUAUUUCUCCUGCAUCUUUGAACCGGUUAUCACUCGACGGAAACAGCUCGUAAUGUCGUUGGCUUGACGACCGGCGACAGAUUCACCCCCCAAAAAUGAAAUAACAGGCAGGUCUUUCAUGUACUUGCCCUCAGGAGCAAAGGUUUCGUUAUAAGGGACCAUCCACAAAGUUCGUCACGCUUACAGGGGGAAGGGGGAGUUCGAGCAGCGUGACGAUUCAUACAAAAAAUAUAGAGGUUUAAUACAAAAAGUGAGACGAAGGGGGGAGGCGGGAGGUUGAAAAUCGCCGAUUUUUGCGUGACAUACUUUGGGAAGUAAUAACUUAAUAACGUAAAUCAAAAAUUGACAAUUAUUAACCCCCCUCUCCCCUGUCACAUUUUUGUAUGAUGCAUCUGAAAUUUUUAUAUGGAUUGUCACACUUUGGACAACCCCCUUCCCUUUCUAAGCGUUACGUAAUUUAGAGAUGAUCCCUUUGUAGAUCUUCCCGAAAUCAGUGAACAUGAUACUUAGACUAACGCUGCUACGUACGAACGAUGCAAUGAGAGAAUCGUCUUCACAUGUGACUGACUUGCGGUUACUUUUUGCGUGGAUGAAGAAUGUAAUCGCAUGUCAGUCACAUUCGAGUUACUAUUGAAAAAAUGAUUGUUAUCAGCAGUUUUAACAAUGUUUCUACUGCAAAACCAUUGAUAAUAGCAUGAUUUGUUUUUUAUCAAGUCAGUCUAACUAAACACAUGAAUAGUAGAGAAAACAUGCUAAACUUGAAGCGAUUUUCUCGUUUUCACUUUUUUACAGAUGGGACUGACUUGCAAUUCGCAAAUAUAUAUUAAAAAAAAGAUGUAAAAACAAAAAUGAGAGAUCAUUCUGAAGAACCGAUUUGUUUUUUAGAUAAAUUGUGGACGCAUACAUUUGUAUCAGAAAAUAAUUGAUCAUGUUUUGGCGAGUCAAAAUUCGCCGGGUCAGCUAGUAUAUUCAUACAUAUGGACAGCAGGUUCCAUACAAUUGUUGUGGACUGGAAAACAGGAAUUUAAUUAUGUUAUCAAAUGGGGGACCAUUAGACGUAUACCUAUAAACAAACUCGAUAAUGCGUAUUGUGGAUCCGGGGUGGUUAUAAUACGCAUACAAGCUACAUCAUUUAAAAAGCUUGCUUUAGUACCUAGUAGAAAUAAAUGUUUUGACGAGUUUUUUGUACGUAACACGUUGCUGAUACCUUUUGCUGGUCAUCUGGUACCGCAUAACUACAAUUUGUCAAGGGGUUCGCUCUAGCGAUGAGACUAAAGUAAAUAUCGUUGAGGGCUUCUAGCACUAAAUUCAUCCAGCAUUUAUGAAGAUACGAAAACAGACCCUUUAUUUUUGAUUUUGUACCGCACAUAAAAAAGUCUACUCCUCCGCUUAUUUUUAGUCGCAAAGAAAAAUAAGCGCCAGAUAGUCGCCUAAGAAAAACAUACCAAAAAGCUUUGAUAUUUUAGAAAAUUUGGCGCCACAUGGUGGAUCGUGGCAAUGACAGGGUGGCCACUCAAUUUCCAUUUUUGAAUUCCCGGUUUUUUCCCGGUUUUUCCCGGUUCAAAUUUUUGAACUUUCCUGGCAAGUGUAUCGAGAAAAGAUAUGAUCGAGGAAUGAGGUGUUGUAUUCCUUUGACAAAUCAAUCUGUGGAACAACCAUCCUUGUUUUACGCGACAUUUUUUCGAUCGUUUUAAGUGACUUAAAUUCACCAUCAAAAUCUGUGGAAUUGUAGUACAUCCUAAAUAAAUCAAAGAAAACAAUAUGGUAAUAUGUUAAUAAACCGCCCGUUAAGCAAAUUCCGCUGUGACGCUUUUUUAGUAACAGGCUUGGCAGUUUUAAGGCAAACGCUCGUUCCUGCUCUAUACGCCAUGGGUUCAAUUCCAGAUCGUUUCCAUCUCCAUCCUAUAGGUACCUACAUCUUGAACAUUCUAGCAGUCACUGUUAGAAGUGAAUCAAAGCUUUUCUGCAUUCGUUUUUUCUUUUCUAUACCAUUGGCAACAUGUUAUUUAAAACGAAUCUCUGGUAAGUGAUAGAAGCAUUGCUAUCAAUUAUUUUUCAUUGUAAAUUCUUAUUUGAAAAAUUAACGAGCUCAUUACAUAUAAUUUUGAUCCAAAUUGUGAUUAAUAUAUCAAAGAUUUUUCAAGCAAAAUAUUUUUCUUGAAAAAAACUUCAAAGCGUUCUUCAGAAAAAUAAUAACAACUACCGAAAAAAGGAAGUUAAAGAUGAGAGAUGUUUUCAUAUCAUAAAGCACUUCUAUUUUUGUCAGAUUUCUCUGAGAAUUUCAAAGCGGAUUUUAAAAUGCUUGAUGUUUUUUGGGAAAGCAUUUUAUAAGAAAUGGAGUAUCGCUAAUGGUUUUACAGACCACCAUGUGUUCGAAAAAAAAUCUUAAAUUCAGAUACAUAUACUUCUAAGAUUCCAGUUUAAUAUCUUAGCUUUAGACUGAUUUUUGAUAUUUAGGAAAUUCUGUAAUGCUGAUAUAAUUUUCUAAAAUUAUCAAUCAGGUUUAUAGACGGUAAGUGUGUUUUCUUGAAUAGAAAAAAAAUAGAAGUUUUAACUAAGAAACAUAGGGGGACAAGGGGCAAUAUGGACACCCUAAGCUUUUAAUGAAUUUUAGGUGAUUUUAACUGAAUAUAAUUCGGAUCUCUAGCAAUUACAUGAUACUAUUACUUGUUAACUACCAGUUCUGUUUUGAAUCGUAUUGAAAAUAAGGCAAUUUCAAUCAAAUAGGACGAUUUUUAAUUAAUUUUUCACUACUCUCGGGAAGGUAUCGGGGUAGAUUGGACACCCCCAUGGGGCAGUAUGGACACCCUUAUAAAAUAUGAAGAAAAUCAUCUUACUUGUGAUUAUGUGCCAUAGUAACCUAUUUUAUGGAUCAUCCAACAUAAAUAUUACCAAUUGUUCAUCUUCCUGUCAUGAUUUUGUAUGAGACACCUAAAAUUGUGUUUGGAUCAUCAACAUCCGAAAAUCUAUUUCCCUCUUCUUAAGCGAGGUCAUAUAUGGUCGUUUUCUAUAUUAAUUCCAUGACGAAUAGAAGAAGAUUGAUUACGUAACGCAAAAAUAUGCCACUUUCAGCCGGCCUCAUACAUGUAUGUCGAACUUUGUGUAUGAAGCAUAUGAUUGUUUUUAUAUGGAUCCUCACACUUAUUGCAAGACCCCUUAUCAAUCGUCUCUACUCUAAGCAUUGCAUAAUCUAUGCAUACUCUUAUUCACUCUACUGGCAUCGCCAAUCCUUCCAAUGGGUUGUACCGGUCAACUUGCCAACGAGAUUGCCAAAUCUAUACAAAACACUUCCUUUUUUUGUCGUACUUUCAGCGACUUUUAUGGUAUAUAUUAGAGUGGGGCGUCAUGGUCAUUUUUUCAAAUCAAUGGUUUUUCGAAGCCAUUCUGGGUCCUGAACAACUGUGCAGAAUUUGGGACCGAUUGAUUGCUUCCUCGCUUUCCGCAUCGCGUUUGAAGUUUGUAUGGAAAUUAGUAUGGGAGAACGUAUAUUUUUGCAUUUCUACUACUAGAGGUUUCAGUUAAUCAUAAACCAAGUGGCAUAUUACGUUAAAGUACAACCCAAAGGAUGCCGAACAACUUUGCUGAAAAAGGCACGUUGCUGGAACGUCCACGAAAAAAGUUAUAACGCUUCGAAGAUUGAGUGUUCCAACCGUAUGCAAAAAAUCGUUUAUUCUGCCAGCACUGUCGAACUACGUGGAGCAAUAAUUUAACUGAGUGUUAUUUCAAAAUUAUUGAUUUUAUAGGACUUUGGAGCUAAUGGGAGAUAUUCGGAAUGAUUUCACAAAGUAAAAAUUCCGACUAGAACGAAAAUGGGUUUUGCCCUCUGACAAUUACAGGUAGUGCUGGCAGAAACAUUGAUUUCUUGCAUAUGGUUUAAACGGAUCGGUUUGGUUUGAUCGGACAAAGUUUGCGUUUUCCCAUACAACUGCGCCCACUCUAGUAUAUAUAUGCUUCUAUUUCUAUGGUAUAUAUGUCAUUUACUGGAACUUUUAUAGCGAUUUAUAAUUCCGCACCAUAAUAACACGAAAAUAACACGAUAUGAAAGCCAAGUUCGAUGAGUUUGAGGUUAUGUUUUUAAUUUUUAAGGUGUCAGUUCUACUCCCAUAUAGAGUGUUCAGUUUGCCCCAACAGGUGAACAAAUUUAAAAACUGUUGGAAAUUUUGUAAAAAUCAAGGAAACUUGUCACAAAUGCAUGCCAGAGCACUGUAAAUAACAGAAUUUCGCUAUGGGAUGACCAAUAAUUGAGAAAUCAUCUUCUGUGGUAAAGUAAAGCUUAUUUUAUGGGAGGUGAAACUUAUAAUUUUUAACUAUUUGGAAGACAUUCUAACAUUUUUGUCAAAUUUAUGCGCUAAGAAAAUAAAACACAAUGGUUUCUACGCUAUAAAUGAGUUGCUUAUGAAAGGAUUAUAGAGUUCGCUGCAUUGAAAGUAGAAAAAUGAUUGAAUUAACAAGAAUAUUGGGGGUGUCCAAUCUGCCCCGGGUGUUCAUAAUGCCCCCUGGUCCCCUAUCACACCAAGCAGAUUUAAGAGCUAAUGUAUUUGUAUUUCGAGAAGAAAGCUGGUAUAUUUGAAAGGAUCUUAGAAGCAAAAGGGUUAUCGAUUAUGAUUUCUUCAAUAUUUGAACUGAAAAAUUUAUUCCUGAAAUUUCUGAAAUCUCUGACACUUAAGAUGCUUUUUUAUUUAUUUACCGUUCUCUGAAAAUCUCUGAUGUAAAUAUGUACAUUAUGUGGAAGAUUUUGAUUUGAAAAGUGUAUUGGAGGUAACCACUUUCCUUCGAUAGGACUCAAACUCAUAACCCUCAAUACUGAGGGCAAAAUCUUCCAGAAAAUCCAAAAAAAAAUCAUUUUAAAAGAUUGAUAAAUUUGUGUAAAUAUAAUUCUUGAGUUAGGACGUGAUUUCUAAAACCUAUGAUUGUCAAAGAAUUUCUGUGUUGUUAUGCUGGGAACGAAGAAGUUAUUCAACUGUUGAGAAACCACGGAAAAUUGGGAUUUCUGAGCUCAUAAAAAUUCCUUAUAAAAAUGUACAUCCCAAUAAAAAAAAUUAUAACAAUUUGAUAACAAAACUCAUUCAAACAGCAUUUCAUGAAUCCUAAAAUUUAAAUAGAAUGUAAACAAUUAUCAGAAAUUUUUUUAUUUUAACAAACAGACAAGAAGUUAAUUAGUGGAUGAUAGAUUUUAUUUAGUCUAUCGAAACAAAACUAAAAAUCAAAUUCCCGUUAUUUCCCGGUUUUUCCCGGUUCUAUCUGAUUCCCGGUUUUCCCGGUUUACCCGGUUCAGUGGCCACCCUGCAAUGAAUGCUUUGAUAGCACGUGCUUUUUGAGCUACGGAGAAUUUUUUCAUAUCUUUGAGAACCUUGGAAAAACAAAAAAAUCAUUUUGUUGCAAGGCGCAAUAGGGUGGGUGUACCAAUUGUCGCCAUACAUAAGAUUUAUUUAUUUAUUUAUUAUCAGACUAAGGCCGGAGUGCUCUGUGCUGCACAUAGAAGACUUCUCCAUUCAGCUCGGUCCAUGGCUGCACUUCGCCAACCAUAAGAACAACUAUUUUUUAAAAAAUAAGUAAAAGGCAUGUAGGUGGACAUUAUAUAUCAAGCGAAAGGUUUUACUUCCUGCUCCUUAGAACUGCUGUGAAAACCACAAUAAAAUUUGUUAUAGGGGAAACCGCCAAAUGUUGAACAGCUAAUUUUGUCGCCUAUUGUUGAGCUUCCAUAAGAAAUGCACGUGCGUUCAACAACAGGCGAAGAAAUUAGCCGUUCAACAAUUGGCGAAUUACCCUAAUCAUCAAAAUUGAUUAAUCCAUAAUAGGAACGCAUGCACCAGUUGUGGCACUAUUCUUAAUUUUGGUUCCUUAUUUGGCAAAUCCCAUUGUUUUCUUAUGGGACUGGCCAAAUAGGGACCACUAGUGCGACAACUGGUGCAAAGGACGUCAAAAAUUAAGCAAAAUCAAUUUUUACAAUUAUGCUUUGCUUGUUUUGGAGGAGAUCAAAGGUUUUAUUGUAUCAUAUGAAUAUGCUUUAUCGAUAUGCACUUGGUUUGUGGUGAUUUGAUUGGCCAUUUGGCAUAUAAAGCACUAGUGCGACAACUGGUGCUAUAGCCACAACUGGUACAUCUAGCCUAUAUAGAAAGAAGAGGAUAUGUGCGAUUUUUAACGAUUUAGGGACAAUGAUUAUAACAAACUUCUGUUGAAUGAAAGAAACUUCUUUCAAUGGUUAGGUUUAAUUCCAUUCAUUUUAACCGUACCAUUAGAUAGAUAUAAAUAAAAACCCAGAUUAUCCACGGAGCGGUGAAGAUUCGCGAUUCAAUCGUUUAGUUUCGCCUUAAUGCGAUACACAUCAUAAAUAAUUGUAUAGUGAAUUAACGAACCAAGCUUAUAUGGUUUCGACACAUAAUUCUCUGAUAUACACUAUACAUAAUACAUAUGGAACAAUGAUGCUUCUACCGCCAGUUUUGGCAAGUGUUGUAAAAUGUCAUUGGCAUUCAUUUGUAUAAUUUUCCGAGAACUUUGACGAGUUUUGACGAACUUGUGCCCCUAAAAUUUUACUAUAACUGUUGAACAAUCCAUUGUAAUAUGUAAAUAUGUAAUCUAAGGCGUGGGGAGCAAAAUGUCAUUAGAAUGACGUGACUUUUAGGAAAUAUUUUGACUCAUUCUGGCCAAGAGACAUUCACAUUAAUCCUGAGGUUCAAUGGUUCAUAUAAGACCCCAAAAGAGAAAUGGCUGUAUAAAAUCGCAACGAUGCAUAAAAGUGAACACUGUCCUCAGCAAGAUUGCAUGAAAUUAACUCCUCUAUCAGGAAAGAAAUAUAAGGCACGGGCGAUUAUAUUUGCAGUCUAAUGAAACCAUAAAGUUGUGCCAAACAUUGCUUUUUGUUGUUGAAAUAAUUCGAUGAAUGAUUUGAUGGAGCUCUACAGCUACCAUUGGAAGAAAGGGUUAAGCAAGACCUUCCGACAUCCUAGAACAUUCUGAACAUGAAGUUUAAAAAUAGAAAAUUUUAGGCUACUUUAGUUUAGUUCAGAACUUAGAAUCUACAGCUGCAAAAAAAACCUUUUUUCGUUACCCGAAGUUUUGAAAUGUAUUCAACCAUCUUAUGAUGAGAAAAACACCACAAGCUAAUUCUGAGAUAUUUUGGAUCAUCCAUUGAAUUCGGGGCUUGAAAAGGUUUUUUUGUUACUCAAAUUUUGAUUAUGCAUUCAAUAGGACGAGACCAGUGGCAUUCUAGCUAAAAUUCCGCUUAAGGCCCUUUCAAAUCAUUUCAACAACACUAGUACACCUGCUGGUAUAAAUUGCGAUAUUGACACUGUGAUUUCAAUGUGAUUUUGCAUAUACAUCCGUGACAACUGUUGUAGAAUGACGUAAGUUAUGAAUGUUACUUUUGUACACUCUAGGUGGAGAGCAAUCAUAAAGAAAUUUGUAGUAAGGGUUCAUUCACAAAUUACAUAACGCAAAAUUUGGCCAUUUUCAGCCCCCACCCACCCCCUCGUAACGUUUUUUGUAUGAAAGGGUUUUGAAAAUUGUAUGAGCCGUAACGCUCUGGCAGGUACCCUCCUACCCCCUAAAGCGUUAUGUAAUUUGUUAACGGGCCCUUAAACCGCUUGAGUUUAGUAUGGAGCUGUAAUCAGAUAUCAUUUAUUGUUUAAAGUUGCAUAAUGCAAUAAGGGUAUAAAAAAUCAGAAAAAUAUUUGUAGCUUUUCUACCUAGGUCACAUAUCGCUGUGAUGCGUAGUAAGUGAGUUCUUUGACUGUUCUAACAAGUAGCUUUAUCGUUGAUUAAUUACGGUAAUUAUCUAUUAAGUUCGAAUCAAGGUCAGUUAUAGGAUUCACUUUUCGGUGGCAAACUAAAGCUUCAU